GAUGACGUGAGGUUCUAAAUCACUAUGAUUGCCAUGAUCAUUUAAAGCUUGUUCUUAUUUGUCCUCCUCUCCGCUAUAAGUAGUCGCCAAAAUCCGUCAUUGGAGCGAGGAGACGAUGGCCGGCUCCAAAAUCUACCGUUUCGAUGAGGUGGCCAAGCACGAUGAUGCCGAGGAUUGCUGGCUCAUCGUCUCCGGAAAGGUCUACGAUGUCUCCUCGUACAUGGCCGAGCAUCCCGGUGGUCGCGACGUGUUGCUGUCGGCGACCGGAAAGGAUGCAACGGUUGAAUUUGAUAAUGUCGGUCACAGUUCGUCCGGCAGGGAGCUGAUGGACAACUACUGCGUCGGGACGAUCGAUUCCUCGACUCUUCCAAAGGAUGGUGACCGUGUGAAGCCUCAGCAAGCACCCGAAGGCACUGCAGAUAGGACUCCGGAGUUUGCGAUGAGAAUAUUACAGUUCAUUGCGCCCGUGAUGAUUCUUGGCUUCGCCUUUGUCGUCCGACAUUUUACCAAGUAGAUUACGCAGAUCUAAGAAUGCGGAAGAUAUAGCCUUGCAAGCACUGUUUCUCUGUUUCCGAUGUAAUAUUCUUGUGUUUGAAAGUAGAAAUCUGUGUAGAAAUGCUAUGAAUUGAUGAUCAAAAUUGACCAUAUCAACAUUAAACUUGUAAUCUGUGUAGAAUACACUGCAAACC